AUGGAUCCCCAAAUUUUAAAUGAUCUUGCAAAUUCAGUGUCUAAAUGGCGAAUGUACCCGUAUUUUGAUAUAGCCCACUAUAUACUUAUGAGCACUGCUAUCAGAGAAGAUAUUCCUCAGUCUGGCUCUGCGGUAUUUUCUCGAAAGCACCCUUUUGCAUGUUGGUUUGCAACCAUGCUGAUGUGUUUCGGCGGUGCUAUUCUCGGAAAUUUUGUCCUUGGUGAAUCAAUAUUUGCGUGUUUCGAUGACUAUCGAGCCGUACUCACAGCCACAGUUGUUUGGUACCUAAUAAACUACUCACCAUUCGACGUUGUCUACAAAAUUUGCUCUCUUUUUUUCGUUCGAAUAUUAAUAUGUGCCAUGAAGGAAGUUCAACGUGCUAAGAAAAUAUCGCUAGGAGUUUCACAUGCCUUUCACGAUUUUCCCCACAGCGCCGUUACUUGCAUUUUAGUUGGUCUUCUUAAAGGUACGGGUUAUUUGGAGAUGAAGGUAUUUGCCCGAUUAGUUCGUGGGGUCUGGUUGCCCGCCUCGUCUGAAUUCCUUCAUCCCAGUUUCACAACGAAGAUAUCACUUCUCUCGGCAAUUGUCUACUACUGUGAUCUCUUGGACUUAAUCCCACUCUCGCGUGAUCAGCUCUUCCUCUCUGUGGUGGGAGUUAUGGUCUAUAUGCGUGUUGCAAUGCUAUGCCUCGGCUUGAAGGAUCCCUUCGCGCCAAUUCAAAAUCUCAUUUGUGCUAUCUUCUUCGGUGGUGUGGUCGAUGCCCUUAAAGCCGCUGUAACACGUCAGAAGCAUGAGGAAAUGAUUGAUUCAACAGGAGGAUCCGGUUCAGGAGUUAUCGCUCCAAGUUCCGGGGUUGGUGUCGGCCAAGACGCUUAUGGCACUGGAUCUGGCAGUUCUACUACAAAAGAUGGUCCUAGCCCCACUCCAAUACGUCGAACGAACUCCCCCAACUUCACCCUGAAUACGGACAAGAAAAGGGACUAG